UGGGCCCAGAACAGCCAAAGCAUGGACAAAGGACGCGAAGUAGCAGAAAUGGAAAAGCUAGCGAGCAGCAGGCCGACAUGGAGCAGGCAGAUCGAGUUCACUCUGGCGGGCAUCGGCUCUGCUGUGGGUUUGGGCAACGUUUGGAGGUUCCCUUAUCUCUGCUUCAGAAGCGGAGGAGGUGCCUUUCUGAUACCGUACCUGCUUAUGUUAUUGGUGUUGGGGAUCCCCCUGCUAUGCAUGGAGUUGACUCUUGGACAGUAUACGAAAAGGGGGCCUGUCCAUGCUCUGGCUCAAUUCUGUCCUCUGUUAAAAGGUGUAGGAAUAGCAUCUGUGGUAAUUUCCUUUAUCAUGUGCACAUACUACAACGUGGUCAUUACCUGGGCCCUGUACUACCUGUUUAGCUCCUUCCAAGCACCCCUACCGUGGCAGAGUUGCAACAACACCUGGAACACGGCCAACUGUACCGAUCACGCCACAAACAGCAGCAACUCCUCCACAGCCAGCCAGGAGUUUUUCAAAUACAAGAUGCUGGAGCAAACGCAGGGAAUUGACGAGGCUGGAAACGUUCGCUGGGAGCUUUUCCUUAUCCUCCUCCUGGCUUGGAUCCUCAUCUACAUUUGCAUCUUCAAGGGGGUCAAAUCAACAGGCAAGGUGGUGUACCUCACAGCUCUGCUCCCGUACGCCAUCCUCAUCGCCCUGUUGGUCAACAAUGCGCAGCUUCCUGGAGCGUUACAGGGGAUUGUCUUCUUCAUCGUGCCAAAAUGGGAAAAGCUACUCCUAGUUGAGGUUUGGGUGAAUGCCGCAGCCCAGAUCUUCAACUCCAUCGGAAUAGGGUUUGGUUUCCUCAUGUCCAUGGCCAGCUAUAAUUCUUUCAACAACAACGUUAUUAAGGACACACUGGUUAUAGGCAUUAUCAACUCCCUCACUAGUAUCCUGGCAGGCUUUGUCAUUUUCUCAGCGUUUGGGUACAUGUCUUACCUGCAAAACAUUCCUGUGGACCAGUUGGCUGUAGAUGGUCCUGGACUGGUUUAUAUUGUCUACCCUCAAGCCUUUGCCAACAUGCCACUGCCUCAACUCUGGGCUGUGCUGUUCUUCUUAAUGCUACUUUGUCUUGGGAUAGACAGUGAGUUCGCGAUGGUUGAAGUGAUGGUAACCAGUCUGAUGGACGAAUAUGAUCAACGACUGAUCAGAUUCUUCAAGAGGAAGGAGCUCCUUGUUCUUGCAGUCUGCGUGGUGGCGUGUCUUCUUGGGAUUCCAUGUGUCCUGCAGGCAGGGAUCUAUGUGUUCCAGCUGAUGGAUCAUUACACUGCCAUUGUGUCCAUUAUGUUCCUGGCAUUCUUUGAGGUUCUCGCCAUUUGCUGGUUUUAUGGCGUGAGGCGACUUUCUGACAAUCUGGAAGAGAUGACUGGCAAAAAGGCAAACAUUUUCUUCAAAGUUUGUUGGCAAAUAAUCGCUCCUUUUCUCAUCUUGGUGAUCCUGAUUUUUUCCAUCAUUCAGUUUAAACCUGCUCGCUAUGAAAAUUAUGUGUUCCCACCUUGGGCACAAAGUGUUGGCUGGGUGGUUGCCAUGGGCUCUAUCAUUUGGAUCCCUUUGGCCAGCGUUCACACAUUGUGGGUUCUUCCUGGAUCCUUUGUGCAGAGACUAAAGCUGUCCAUCACACCAUAUUCCCUGUCGCAAUCAUCCAAAACUCCGUAUUAUGAAAGGGGAGGAGGUGACAGAUAUCCAGCUGUGUCUGUCAUCAGCGCCUCCAUCCGCCUGCAAGACAAGCCACCCAACCGGGGGAACUAAAGAGGUGUCUUUUUGGUCUGACCUGCUACAAUGGUCACUUAGUAGCGCUUUCAUCACAAACAAAAAACGUUGCUUCAUUUCUGCCAUGCAGAAAGCAAUACUAUCUGUGAGCCCAUAAUUUACUGCUAUAAAUUCACUUCAAUGGCAUUCAUAAAACAGUAUACAAAUUGCUGUGGUGUGGACACACUACAGGUGAAGAGAUGAGGGGGGUGUUCCAUGAGGAAGCAAGUUCAACAAACUGAGUUUAAACCUGAUGUACCAGUUAAUUUACCCUAAGAUGGGAAACUCAGAGUUUGGGUUCCAAAACAUCUGAGCUGAGUGAGUUCUAUCAAUCCUGAGUCCGUUGACUCAGAGUUAAGACCAUAAUAAUAAGUCAUGAUCAGUGAAACGCUGAUUCUAUGAACCAGGGAUGGAAAAUGCUGUCUGAAAGUGUUAAUGGGUGGUUUAGCUCGGUUGGUAGAGUGGCCGUGCCAGCAACUUGAGGGUUGCAGGUUCGAUUCCCGCUUCCGCCAUCCUAAUCACUGUCAUUGUGUCCUUGGGCAAGACACUUUACCCACAUGCUUCCAGUGCCACCCACACUGGUUUGAAUGUAACUUAGAUAUUGGGUUUCACUAUGUAAAGCGCUUUGAGUCACUAGAGAAAAAGCGCUAUAUAAAUAUAGUUCACUUCACACUUCACUUAAUGUGUGAGUGGGGCGGUAUAGCUUGGUUGGUAGAGUGGCCGUGCCAGCAACUUGAGGGUUCCAGGUUCGAUCCCCGCCUCCGCCAUCCUAGUCCCUGCCGUUGUGUCCUUGGGCAAGAAACUUUACCCGGCUGCUCCCAGUGCUACCCACACUGGUUUAAAUGUAACUUGGGUUUCACUAUGUAAAAGCGCUUUGAGUCACUAGAGAAAAGCACUGUAUAAAUAUAAUUCACUUCACAGUAAAUGAACACCUUUUCUUAAAAGUAAUAUAGUGAAAUCUUAUUGCACUGAAGUGAGGAACAAUUACUGACAGUCAGAGCAGAAGUGGAUUUAUUUAAUGUGCAAUCAUAUUUUCUUAACCAACAGGUACAAACGUUGAGAAAAAUUGAAUAAAAUCUCAUUUUUGUUUUGGUGCAAUCCCACCUGUAAAAACACAUGGAGGCAGCUGAUAAUCGCUCCUGGUUUUAUUACAUUUGUAAAGUCAAUGCAAAAUGCAAAGUAAAUGUAAUUGAUUGGCUAAAACACUUUUUCUUCGGUUUGCUUAUGAUAAAUAUGCACUAUAAUCUGAGAUAUAGUUCUUGAAAUAAAAUUAAUCUAAAAUUUCAGCUAUUGUUGGCAGAUUGUUUACAUUUACAAUGAUGAACAGAAUAUUUUACCAUGGUAACCGGAAAAAAAAAUAUCUAAAUUUCCCUCGUCCAAGGCUUUACAAACUCAGUUUUCCCAUGACCUGCUUUCUGGAAUGCCCCUCAGAAUUGUCAUCCUUUCAAUAAUUUGCUUUGUGAACAGUGCCAUCUUUUGGCCAUAUUUGUAACUGCACUUAUCAUGUAUUUGUAUUUAACUAUUGCAUUUAAAUGUAAUACUGAUACGAUGUAAAAUGACAAAAUCAAAACCAUAAAGCAGAACGUUUAUACCUUGAUACGCACAUAUAUAUUACACAUGCAUAUAUAAUAAAAACUGGACACAGUCAGUGUAUGUGACUUCUUUAUUAGGUCAAAUACAAGAAUGCAACAGGGCCUUGUUGAUUAAAACGAUAACGUCAGGAACACAAAGGUCAUGCUGCUCGCGUAUUGUGUGAUGUAAAGUGUAAU